AUGCUGACAUGGCGUUUUACGCAUCUAUCAGAUCUGCAGGAGCUCUCUCUCGGAAGCACGAUGAAACUGUCAUUCCCUAACCCAGACGAUAUCCUUAACUUCACCCUCACGAUCGAGCCUGACGAGGGCAUGUAUAAAGGCGGCUCCUUCCACUUCAACUUUGCCAUCAACCAGAACUUUCCGCACGACCCUCCCAAAGUCAAGUGCACGCAGAAGAUCUACCAUCCCAACAUCGACCUGGAAGGAAACGUGUGUCUGAAUAUUCUGCGAGAGGACUGGAAGCCGGUGCUGAACUUGAAUGCCGUGAUUGUGGGAUUGCAGUUUCUCUUCCUCGAGCCUAACGCGUCCGAUCCCUUGAACAAGGAGGCGGCCGAAGACCUACGUACGAACCGGGAUGGCUUCAAGCGCAAUGUGCGGUCGUCUAUGGCUGGUGGAUCCGUCCGUGGUAUACAAUAUGAGCGCGUGAUGCGAUAA